AUGUCGUCCACAGGCCCGGGGUAUAAGCCGCCAUCAUUCAGCUCCGGCUCACAGCGCGCUUCGCCCUUCCGAAGACCUUCAUCACCAGCUUCUCCUUCACCGCUAAGGCAGUCCACCCCGCUAGGGUCUCCUACACGCGCUGGUGGGACACACUCAAUUGCAGGUUCUAGACUAUCCUAUCAAUCAACACCAGCAAGCGUCGACACAUGGACACCCAAGGCACAAUUCAAUCCUGCAGACACGAGCGCCAGUACAGCGACAGCAUCUCGACCAACUCUCAAGACUGCAAACUCAAGGGGUGUGGGCAACAACAACGCCAUGUCACAGUUACCACCUUCACAGGUGCGGAUGCUUAGAGAGGGAUUCCAGAUACUCGACCGUGACAGUGACGGCGUCGUCGGUAGGGAGGAUGUCGCCGAUAUGCUGACCCAGCUAGGUCUCCCUGCCAAUGCCUCCGAUGUAUCGCCGUUCUUCCCGCCAGCGUCACCGCAAACCACCACGCUCGCAGCAUUCCUCAGCUCACUAUCUGCGGUGCUUGCCGCUCUAUCGCCUAGCGCCGAGUUGCUUUCUGCUUUUUCUGCCUUUGAUGAUGACGAUAGUGGUCAAGUCGACCUCGUAGAGUUACGCGAUGCCUUGCUGCAUACUGCGCCGGAACCCGGCGAGCGAGCUUUGACUGAAGAGGAAAUAGACAGGGUCAUGGACGGGUUCACAGGAAGGCGAGCCUUCAGCAAAGGCAAUAGCAGAUUAGGAGGUUUGGGAAAGCGUGGAGAAGUCUUCAAGUACCAAGACUUCGUGCAAUCAAUCCUGGGUGGCAGUAAUGGCAAAUCCGAGGCUGCUGAUUCGGAGGAGGAGGUUUAA